AUGUCGGCUGUGGCCGUGUCCAGCCGGCGAGAGAGCCGCGACCCAGGCGCCGAGCCGCCCCCUCCCCUCGAGCGCGAUGCCUUAAUGUGCUGGCCGCGCCGAGGCGGGGGCGAGAGGGCGAAGCGGCUCGGGCGAGUGCGGCGCCGGGAGGGUCUGCGCGGCGGAGGAUCAGCGCCCGGGACAGGAGCCGGCGCCGGCGAGAGUCAGCGCCCGCGAAGGUCCGCGCCGCGGAGGGUCAGCGCCCGGGAGCCGCCGGCGGAACUGGGCGCGGAGGACGGCGGCGCGUCCCCGCGCAUCCUGCGGCUCCGGCUCCUCCGAAGGCGGGGGCGCCGCGGCUCCUCCCGCAGUCCUGGGGACGACAAAAGUCGCCUGGCAAUGGGGCAAGGGGCAAGAAAAGGGAGGGACGGAAUCGAGGCCCUCUCCGGACUUGCCAGCUCUGCAGCUCCCUCCAGCCGCCCCAGUUCGAGCUCAGCCGCGACGCCCCGGCGUCCCCUCGGCCUUCGGGGACCCCAGCCGCGCGCACUUCCAGCUGCGGCCCCGCCCGGCCGUCGCAGGUCCGGGCCGCCGAGUGGGGGACGCUCGGCUCUCCUUUUGUGUCAAGGAUGGCCACGACGUCCCAGCCAGGGGCGCAGGGGCAGCGGCGAGAGUCGCCACUCAGCCCGCUACUCUAUAUCCCCACCCGCAGGCCCUAGGAAGCCGGAAGGGGGUGGAAAGGGCAACGGGCUCCUUACCGAGACCGGCGAGGGGAGGUCAGCUCGUCGCGGGGCGUGGCUCCCGUCUGGGAACACCCGAGCUCAUCCCGGGCGGCGGUGUGGGGCCAAGUUCAAGCUCUCCCUCCGUGACGCCCUACCGCGGCCGCCGAGCGCUGCUUCUGCAGGGCAUUCAGAAAAGCGGGGAGUCGGAGAUCUGCGGGCGGCGGAGCGGCGCCCCCGCUGGGACCGCGGCGGACGGGCUUGUGCCCUGGGCGCGCCAGGCCGCGGAGGCUCUGGGGAAAGUUCUCUUGGCCGCGCGAGGGGUGGCGCCCCGGGCGGGAGCAGCCCAGGUGCGGCUGGGCCCGGCCCAGACGGCUGCAAAAAAUCCUGAAAGCAAGCGCCGGCCCUACCCCGAUGGCCGCGGCUAGAGCCCCUCUGGGCGGGGUAUCAGCUGGGGGCGGAGGGCAGGGCGGGGGUGGUCCCGGUAGCGAGGCGCAGGCAGGUCCGCGCUGGAAAGCCGCGCGUUGCGCCCGAGCCGCGGAGCCGUCCGGAGCUCGCCGUGUCCGGCUCCCGGGAGACCGCGGGGCGGCUUGAGGCGGGCGGGGCGCAGUUCUGCUGGGACCCCGGCGCUCGGAGAUCCCAGCCUCACGCCCUGCGCGCGGCGGGCCGCGUCCGGGACUGGCGGGCACAAUAG